AUCCAGGAUUUCCAUAGACCCCCUACAAGUUCCAAAUGGUGCAGAUGCAGUGGUGGAGUCGUAAAAGCUUCAGCUACCGUAUAAUCGCUCGCAGGCAGAAACGUUGUUGAACAAUCCGAAAGUUAUUAGCUACCACGCAAUCUCGCCAUAUGAUCAGGUCCAGACCUACAUUGUUCUCCCGAGCGAGGACGCAUCAGGCCGGAGCUCAGAUUCCUGUUUCCAUCCAUGGACACAAGACCAGCUUAUUGAGCAACAAGGCACAUCUACUAGCUGCAGCAGCUGGCCGCCGGUCGAUUCCUUCCAGGAGGCUAGUAGCAGGUCCGGCGCUGGCCAUGGAUCCGGCGAGCUCCGAAGAAAUCAUCAUCGACAGUCGCUACUUCCGCAUCUACGGCGACCGCCGCAUCGACCGCCUGGUCGGCACCACCACCGUGCCGCCGGGCUUCGACGCCGCCACCGGCGUCACGUCCAGGGACGUCACCAUCGACGCCGACACCGGCCUCUACGUCCGCCUCUACCUCCCGGCGGACACGUCGUCCAAGCAGCAGAACGACAAGAAGCUCCCCUUGCUCGUCUACUUCCACGGCGGCGCGUUCGUGACGCAGUCGGCGGCGGCCCCGGCGUACCAGCCGUUCCUCAGCACCCUGGCGGCUCGGGCAGGCCUGCUCGUCGUCUCCGUCAACUACCGCCUCGCGCCGGAGCACCCGUUCCCCGCCGGGUAUGAGGACUCCCUCCGCGCGCUCGAGUGGGCGGUCGCCGGCGGCGGCGGGGACCCCUGGCUGUCGCGGCACGGCGACCUCGGCCGCGUCUUCCUGGCCGGCGAGAGCGCCGGCGGGAACAUCGCCCACAACGUCGCGAUGAUGGCCGCGGCCGGCGAGGCGGCGGCGGCGGUCGAGGGCGCGGCGGUGCUCCACGCGUUGUUCAGCGGGAGGGAGCCCGUCGACGGAGAGCUGCCGAUGUGGGUGGAGUCGUUGGGGAAGCUGUGGGCGGUCGUGUGCCCGGAGGCGGCGGAGGGGACGGACGACCCGCGGAUGAACCCCGCGGCCGCGCCGGCGAACCUGCGGAGGAUGCCGUGCCGGAGGGUGCUGGUGUGCGCGGCGGAGAAGGACUUUGGGGCGCCCAGGUGCAGGGCGUACUACGAGGCGCUCAAGGCGAGCGGGUGGGGCGGCGAGGUCGAGUGGUUCGAGUCCAAGGGCGAGGACCACGUCUUCUUCCUCGCCAAGCCUGCCGACGAUGAUGUCGUGGCGGAGCUCAUGGACCGCCUCGUCGCAUUCUUCACUGCUACUGGCGGGAACUGAUCGAAGGCCACAUCUUUCUUGUUGGCAAGGCGUCAUGUAAAACAGUAUCUGGGCCACAGCAUAGUUAUCAUGUGCAGUGCACACGACGAACAAUUGCAGCCAGGAAUGAGGUCCAUUUUCGUUCCCGAUAUGAUGUAACUAGCAGUUUUGCGGAGUGUUUUUUGGGCUUCGCCGUGUGCCGUGGACACACGGCAAACGUCUCCUGUGCUCAUGGCAACAUUACUGAAUCAAGUCAAGUAGUAAAAGGAAGUGAACUUUGCUGGGAUAAAA